AUGGUAUCCGGUCACUUGGGCAACGUAACUAAGGCGCCAGAGUACGAGACUAUCGCACUCCACAGCGCCCAAGAACCAGACCCAAUCAACGCAUCCCGCGCCCUGCUUCUCUACCAAACAUGUUCCUACAACUUCACUGACGCCGCUGACGGCACGUCGAAGUUUGCAUGGUCGAAGAAGGAGAAGGAUACGUUUUUCGAGCAGCGCAUGGCUAUGCUCGAGGGCGGCGCCGGUGCCGUAGCCACAGCAUCCGAAUACUCAGCACAAUUCAUGGCCAUAACGAGCAUCUGCAAGCCAGGCCACAACUUUGUCAGCACGAUGAACUUGUACGGCAGAACAUUCAACCAAUUCCGUGUAUACUUCAAGGUCAACAUCCCCUGCAAGUUUGUCGAGGGCUCGGAUCCGCAGAACAUCAAGAACGCGAUUGAUGACAAGACGAGAGCAGUCUAUGUUGAAACGAUAGGCAACCCGCAGUUCAAUGUGCCAAAUUUGAAGGCGAUCAGUGAGGUUUGUCAUCAUGCUGGGAUUCGGCUGAUUGUUGAUAAUACGUUUGGAAUGGGCGGAUAUCUGUGCAAGCCUAUUGAGAUUGGUGCUGAUAUUAUUACCUCGUCCGUUACGAAGUGGAUUGGUGGACAUGGAACGUCGAUGGGUGCUGUUGACGAGCCUGCCGAUGGCGACCACGGCAUGCGUUUCUGGGAGACCUACGGGUACGAGCCUCUCUCAGCUAGGGUUCGCAUGGACGCUAUGCGUGACCUUGGACCGUGUAUAAGUCCUUUCAACGCCUGGCUCUUCGUCAACUACCCUGGACUUGAAUCGCACUCGGACUAUGAGCUGGCUCAGCGAGUACUGCCCAAGGGAUGGGGUGGUGUCUUGACCUUCUGCAUUGCCGGUAACAUCAAGGAGGUUGCAGCUGUCGUCGACAGCCUGAAGCUGUGCUCACAUCUCGCCAACGUAGGCCACGCAAAGACGCUCAUCAUCCCCGACGAGGAGAAGAUCAAGGGCGGCAUCACCCCAUACCUGAUCCGCGUCUCGCUCGCCUGA